AUGUGCAGUGCCCACUGCAGCCCACCAGACCCCACCCAGGCAGACGUCAGCCAGGCCCCGCCCAGGCACCGAGGGUGUGAGGCUCAGAGGAGGAAACACCUGUGCUGGCCGGGGGUGGCUGGGGGCCACUGGGCCAAGGUGCUCCAGGGUGCACCUCGAUCGUGCUGCUCGUUGGCUGGACCCUCGCGCUGCUCGCGGCAUCCCCAGCGGGCCCAGGUCCCCACCCAGGCCAACUCUGACACCAGCCAGUUCCAGGGCAUCUGGUGCACGGCUGGGGCGGUGUCAGAUGACCAGGGCUUCCUGGACUCCAAGGACAGCAUGAAGAUGCCCGCGGUCUUGGUGAUCCCUUUGGCCAACGGCGACCUGGGCCUCAAGUUUGGCAUCGAUGUGACGGCGGGGACAGGUGGGCCCUGGGACAGGCUGGACACCAUCGCCCACGCGCGGCCGUCGGCAGCACCUAAGUGGCAGCCGUUUGUGUCAUGGUCGGGCAGCGUCCUCAGGGGCUGGGGGCUGGCCCGGACCCUCCCCGCUCAGGGGGCCCAGUGGGGCCGCAGCGGCCUGACCGGGGCUACUGUGCAGGCUGCUGGGGUCCUCCUCCCCAGGCCCGAUGGCGGGUGCCAGAAGACGGACGUGACCCUCACCAAGGAUGCCGUGGACGGGCGGCUCAGCAGCGCGGCCAUGGCCCAGACCAACAUCCGGGUGGCUUUCGCCGACUACAAGCACUUCACCGUGUUGUACUCCAAGACGCAGAAGCGGGACGUUAGGAACGUCUGGCUGCGGCCCUACACCCGGGCCCCAGAGCCAUUUCCUGAAGAUGCCCAGAAGAUGCAGCAGCUGGUACCCCAAGUGGGCUUGAACCGCAGCCAGGGCGCCCUGCUGCCCAAGUCAGACAGUUUUCCUGAGAAACACAGCCCUGUCCUACCCGACGGCGAGGUUACUGGGAUAAAGAGCCCCGCAUCCCAGGGACCGCAGACAGCCCCUCCACACCUGCACCCAACACCUGGAGGCCCCGCCGCCGCCCCUGCCGCCUGGCCGACCUGCCGGCCUCUGGCCCUCUGCAGACACUACAAGGGCAGGGUCUCCCCCCUCCCCCCAGCCUGACACCAGUCCCACUAUGUGGGAGCAGGUGGGAAGGCCCAGAGAUCCAGCACCUCCCAGCCAAGAUGCCACCUGCCAACCAGCAGAGGCGCCCGCAGAGACACUGGUGAUGAACUCGCAGUCAACUUGCUUUUCUUUUCUGCCCCUGGCAGCGCCGUGUGGCUGGUGGGAUCUCUCUUCCCCAACCAGGGAUAAAAGCCGGGGCCCCCGGCAGAGCAAGUGCUGAGUCCUAAGCACUGGACCGCCAGGAAAUUCCCAGCUGAUCUAUUGAUCAACUGAUCUAUCGGUUGUCAUUCAGCUUCCACGUGGAACAAGAGAAGACGUGGUGGAAAUCGCUCAGGAGCAGGGAUUUAAGGCGGGGCGGGGUGGGGGGAAGAGUCUCCAGCAGGCUCUCGGUCCCUUCCUUCCCCACUAACUCAACCCUCCCAUGUCCCCUGGGAAGGAUCUGGAGUGAGGAGAUGCAGUUUUCCCUUCACGGCCCAUUGGGGGGCAGCCCCCCAGGGCCCCUCUGGACCCAGGAAGGGUCAUGCCCCUGGCGGCUGCGGAUCAGCCCAGUCCUGCAUUCCCAGCUCCGGCCACACGGGGGCGGACUUCAGCCAGUUCUCCACCCGGAAGCCCAGGGCUGCGUGUGUAAGAUCUGUCGGCUGGCACCCUCCUCUGCUCGCAACUACUCCAGUGGGUCCCAUCUCACUGAGAGUAAAGGCCAAAGUCCUUAGGUGGCCAACAAAGGCCCCCCGAUCGGCCUUCUUCUGACCCCACCAGUAUGACUGCAAAGAGCCGGGUCACUGGAAAAAAGAUUGUCCCAAACCUCGGUGCUUCGGGUGCCUUCAGCCCUCGGACCAGCCUUUCCAACGCCCUCCUGACCUCCAGAGACGGGGUCCGAGGAACCACGGGGGCUCUUCCCAAACCUCCCUCUUUUUUUUGUUUUUCUUAAACUGUGUCUUUUCUUUCUUUCCAACCCUCCCUCUCAGUCAGCUGAGGUUGGUUACUGAUUAUUUACAUGGACGAGAGGAAGAGACAAGUUUUGUUUGAGCUAAACUGAGGACUGCAGAGCAGAGACCCAGAUUCAAGAAGCACUUGACUUGCGUUCCCCAGGCUACACAAUGGGGGAGGCCUAUACAAGCAAAAACUGCAAAGUUACGUAAAUUGUCAAGAAUUAGAACAGGAGCUGGCAAUAAGGAAGGUGCUUAUAGAGCAAGAAUUGGUUGGGCUCCAAAUGCAUAGUUACCAGGAGAGAUCUUGAGAUUAGAAGGUUGCUGGUGGCAGCAACUAGCAGAUGCUAUUUUGAGAACAGUUGGUCAUGACCUUGAGUCUGAUACAGCUCAGAAAAUUCAAGUCCCCAGUGAUGCAGGAACUGUCUGAAACCACAUCCGCGAUGGCCACCCGGCUCCAAUUCGGAUGCCUGAACCACAGUUUAAUAUCUUCUCAGAACAACAAACAUCAAACGUGACAAGGGUACAUUUCUUCAAGUUUUCAAAACAGAUUAGCAGGUACACAGCAAGUCAGCAUGACCUUGGCGUCUGGGAAGGGAAUCUCAUCUUCGAAGGAAUACUGGCAUUGGUGUUGCUGGGGAGGGGGCAGCACGCAGCAUUUAUCCCUGUAUUCAAAGUGGACAUUCUAAACAAUCAGGUAAUGCAUUUUUCUCCUCCUCCUCCUUAUUUUUUAAUGGUUAAAGCAGAUAUACAGUUUACGUUUGACGGGCCAUAAGACAGACUGUUCUAAUUAGCGUAAAGUUCAAGCCAAAGUAUGUCUAAUCCAGAAUAACUUCCCCAUACCUUAAUAUGUGCAAAUUUCUUUCAUCA